CGUCGCCUCGUUAUAAGGCCUCCCAUUUCGCGCUGUCGACCAUACUGCGAUCGCUAUCGUUCAGGGCUCUCUACAGGGCCAUCCCCCUCGCCGCUGCUGCCUCGCCCUACUCCACCCAUUCCCGCAUUAUGGCCCCCACAACCAACGGCGUGAACGGCGCGAACGGCGUCCAUGCGACCGUCUCGCAGUCGUCCAAGCUGCACUCCAAAGUCGUCAGUAUCGUCUCGUUUUGCGUCCUGCAGCCUCCGUUUCGGUUCUCAACGACCAUCCAGGUUAUCAUCGGCUCUGGGCCGCAGGCACACAGCAGCCAUCUAUCUGGCCCGGCAAACCUCAAUCCUGUGCUCUUUGAGGGCUUUAUGGCGAAUGGCUUCGCCGCGGGCGGCCAGCUCACCACAACGACCGACAGUGACCGCGCUUCGGCAAUUGCCGACGAAUAUUUUGCCCAUUUUUGUGGCACGCCCCGACAGAAUCGUCUUCCGUUCGCGCUGCGUACGGUACAGACGAUGUGCCAGGUGCUGCGCGUGUGUACCGGGAAGAAGCCGAGUGCACAGGGCGCGACGUCACUUACUGUUGUACCUAUUGCACCCAUGCCGUCUGUCUUCUGCGCGAUGAGGCCGAUCACGCAACUAUCCACCGCCCGUGUCCCGUAUGCGAAUGCUAACGCGAGCUUCUUAGUCGAGAACUUCCCUGGGUUCCCAUCGGGGAUUCUUGGUCCUGAAUUGAUGGACAAGUUCCGCGCACAGUCCAUCCGAUUCGGCACCAGAAUCAUCACCGAGACCGUUUCAAAGGUGGACCUCUCGGCACGGCCAUUCCGCUAUUGGAGAGAGUUCCAGGAGGACCAGGAGCCAGAGACCGCGGAUACGCUCAUCAUCGCAACGGGCGCCUCCGCGAAACGGCUGGGUCUGAAGGGCGAGGAGACCUACUGGCAGAGCGGCAUCAGUGCGUGUGCUGUGUGCGACGGCGCCGUUCCGAUCUUCAGGAACAAGCCACUCGCUGUUAUCGGAGGUGGUGACUCUGCGGCGGAAGAAGCGACGUUACGGUUCCACGUCUACGUCCUCGUACGGAGGGGCGAGCUGCGGGCGUCGAAGAUCAUGGCAAAACGUCUGCUCAACAACCCCAAAGUCACCAUCCUCUGGAACACCGUCGCGGUCGAGUGCCAGGGCGACGGCGACCUGCUCAACAACCUCAGACUAAAGAACAUGGUCACGGGCGAGGAGAAGGACCUCCCCGUGAACGGCCUGUUCUACGCCAUCGGCCACGAGCCCGCGACGGCGCUCGGGUACAUCAUCACCGUGCCCGGCACGACGCAGACAAGCGUGAAGGGCGUGUUCGCGGCGGGCGACGUGCAGGACAAGCGGUACCGCCAGGCGAUCACGAGCGCGGGCAGCGGGUGCAUGGCUGCGCUCGAGCGGAGCGCCUGAUCGCGGAGGAGGAGGAGGGGCUCGAGGAUUAGAGACGUACGAUAUGACACUCGCAUGCGCAAUCACCGGGUCGGCCGCAGACACAUAGAUGUACUACAUAUACGAUU